CGUCCAGCCUGGCGCACGUAGAGUCACCGUGUUCAUACUUAAGGCUCUCUGGAGACUCGGGGCCAUUCCUCCUCAACCAUGCUCAGGUCCUCUACCACUUACAGCACAUUCCCUUUGGCACAGGUUUCUGUUUCCCCUCCAGGACUCAGUACCAGCUGCACAGGGAAGCGGUCCAAACUGUGGGGAUCCGUCCUGAAGAUGACGCCUCCCAUGGCGCUUUGCAAGUUUGCUCCUCUGGUUCUACUGGGAGUUGUGGUUUAUACUGCGAGUGGGAUGAUAGGGGACCCUCUUUAUGAAUGCCUCCAAGACACAGACUACAGCGAGCUUCUCAGCAUUAUGAUGAACGGUCUUCCUCCUACAAGAAUGCCUCAACACAUAGCAGUCAUCGGGGGGGGCAUGGCUGGACUGACUGCUGCAAAGGUUUUAGAAGACGCUGGACACAAGGUCACCAUCGUGGAGGCCAGCAGCCGGAUCGGGGGUCGUGUGGAGACCUUCAGGAACAGGAGAGAGGGCUGGUAUGCAGAAGUGGGUGCUAUGAGGAUCCCCAGCUUCCAUAAGAUCCUGCUUUCCCUCAUCUCCAAAUUACAAAUCCCCCUCAGCCACUUCGUCCAAGACGACAUCAACACCUACUAUUUGGUAAAAGGAGUUCUACAUAAAGCCCAUACUGUGGAGAACAACCCUAGUGUGCUCAACUACAGCCUGAAUGACGGGGAGAGGGGGAAGUCAGCAGCACAACUCUUCAGCGAGACACUCUGGAAAGUGAGGGAUGACCUUAAGACACUUGGAUGUCGUGCCAUGCUGGAUAAAUAUGACAGCUACACAGUGAAGGAAUAUCUGGUGAAAGAGGGAAACCUGAGUCGUGGUGCUCUGAUGAUGAUCGGUGACAUCCUGAAUGAAAGCAGCCUGUUCUACACUUCACUGAUAGAGAUGCUGUACAUACAGUCGGACAUCAAUGACAACACAGAGUACUUUGAAGUGAUGGAGGGCUUUGACAACCUCCCCAAGGCUUUCUACCAGCUAUUAAAUGCCACCAUUCUACUCAACUCCAAGGUCAGGCAAAUAAACCAAACAGGCCGCAGCAAUGUGACUGUAACUUAUGAGGACAGGCAGAGUUCUGGCACACUGAGGAACCUAACCGUGGACUAUGUCCUUGUCACCGCCACAGCUAAGGCCACCCUCUUCAUUGACUUCAAGCCCCCUCUGCCUGGAGAUAAGAUGGAGGCACUGCGUUCUGUUCAUUACACCAGCUCCACAAAGGUGGUGCUCAGUUUCAAGGAGCGCUUUUGGGAGCAAGAGGGGAUCAGAGGAGGGAAAAGCAUCACAGACCGGCCCUCUCGUUUUAUCUACUACCCCAGCCACAGUUUUCCAGGCACAGCCGCAGGGGCCCUGCUGGCCUCCUACACCUGCUCCGAUGACUCCACCCUCUUCCAGGGCAUGAGCCAGGAGGAUUUGAUGGCUGUUGUGUUAGAGGACUUGGUAAAAAUUCACGGGGAGCACAUCAGGCCUCUGUGCACAGGGGGAAUGGUGAAGAAGUGGGGCUUAGAUCCUUACAGUCUUGGAGCCUUCGCGCUGUUCACCCCCUACCAGCAGGAGCACUACGCCACAGAGCUGUUCCAUAGCGAGGGCCGGGUGCACUUUGCAGGGGAGCACACAGCAACUCCACACGGGUGGAUUGAAACAGCCAUGAAGUCUGCACUCAGGGCAGCUAGUAACAUCCACAGCUUGACUCUGUAGUUCUACGUGUAUCCUGUUUAGUUUGGUACGUUCAGCUGCUCCAAACAGAUGGAGCAGCUUUUUGGGGCUAAGCUAAAUGACAAACAGUUGUUUAUUACAAAUUAAACUAAUGUAAUUAGAAA